AUGGCGGCCGCGGCAGCCCGGGCCAGGCGCUGGCACGGCGGAACAAUAACAGCACUGCGCCUGCGCGCGCCCCGCCCCGCGGCCAGCCCCCGCGCGCUGCGGUGCCCGCGCAACCAAUGGCAGGCGGGGGGAGGCGGGGCCGAAGGGAGCUCAACCAAUGGCGGCGGCGGAGCGGCGGGCCGGGGCCCGACGGGCUGUAUCGCCCCGCUCUCCGCCGCCCUCCCGGGCCGGCCCCGCCGCGGAGCCGAGCCCCGUGCCCGGUACCCGGCCAGGCGGAAUGCCUUAGCCAGAGAGGCCAGGAUUUGGAAAGUGCCAGUUUUCCAGAAUCUCACCAUGAAGGCCCAAUUAAAAUAUCUGCAGUGCAUUGCAAUUUCCUGCCUUGUCCUUGCAGCAAAAACCAAUGAAGAUGAGGUAAUACCAUCAGUGCAGACGCUAGCGGUGCAGAGCAGAUGUAAACACUCUCCAGCCGAGAUCUUGAGAAUGGAAAGAAUUCUACUGGGUAAGCUUCAGUGGGAUCUUUACACAGAAACACCAAUGGAUUUCUUAAACAUUUUCCAUGCCAUGGUGAUGUCCAGCUGGCCCCAUCUCCCACCCAGACUGCCUCAGAGGAAUCCUUCCCUCCACGUUGCACUCUUGACCAAGCAGCUGCAGCACUGUAUGGCCUGCCACCAGCUUGUGCAGUUUAAGGGCUCCACGUUGGUUUUGGUGAUCAUCACCUUGGAGCUGGAGAGGCAGACUCCUGGUUGGUUUCCUGUUAUUAUUGAUCUGCUAAAAAAAGCACAGGUGAACAGCACUGAAUUCAUCCACUGCAAAGAGCUUGUGGAUCUAGAGUUAAUGUGCUUGCAGCCACCCAAUGCUGUUAAUAUUUUCUAUCCCAUCAGCCAAGCUGUGCAGGGCUAUCCCAAGCCCAAAUUCCUGAUCAAACCACUGAGACUGAAGAGUGCUGUGAUGGAUUCAGACUCCUGCACAGUGAGGAUGGGGAGAGCUAAUCUGGCUUGGCCCAUGGGAGCUGAACAGGAGCUGCUGUCGAGGAAUGGGCAGCCCCCACUGCUGCCUCUGCAAGAGAUCUCAGAUGGAACCAAGGUUUUGAUUCAGCAGUGA